UGGGCUGGUAGGGUUUAUGGAGGCGUUUUCCUUCCUGGAUAUAGGGUCCCAAAUUGGAUUAGCUUCAAGGAUAAUAAGCGAUCAGUUUCUUUCAUUGUUCCAGCAACUCCCAACCUUGUUGCUAAAGGACUUAACUUGUGCAUGCGUUACAAAAGUCUGUGGAAUGAUGUGAUGUCUGAAUAUUCUCCAAGUAUUACGGUUAAGAAUCAUACCAAGGGCAGUGUGUGGACUCGCAAGCCAGCACCACAUAACAUACGUUUGUACCAUGAACAACACCUGUGGCAAGGUCACAUCUCAAAUGAAGGGUUCCUCUUAGAAACAGGGGAUCAAGUGGAAGUUGAUGUGGAUUUUGGUGAUCAUGUAACUAUUCUAGAGACAGGGGUCAGUCUUGUUUACAAAUCAAAUGGGAGUUACCCAGAGUAUGAAGCUGCAUCAAGCAACACAAAUGCUGCUUCAACAGACGAUGAAGGAUCAGUUGAUGAAAAUGAUGAUGAACAAUUGGCAUAUUCAACGGACGAAGCUGCGUCAAACAACUAUGACGCUGUUUCAAUAAACGAAGAUUUCGUUUAUGAAAUUGAAGAUGAACUAUCGACACAUUCACAAGAUGAAGCUGCACCAAACAACUCCGGCUUUGUGUCAGUAGACGAUGUUUCCAUUGCUGAAAUUGAAGAUGAACCACCGACACAUGCAGAGGACGAAGCUGAAUCUGUGGAAACCGAAACAACUGGAGAGUUUGAUGGAGUAAAUCCUCCUGCUGAUUGCCAGGAUAUACCAAGGUAUCAGGGAAGUCCUCAACUGCCCACUGGAGAAAACCAUCACAGACCUCACAGGAAAAUGAGUUUCGGCCUUAGAGCAUUACUCGGGGCAUUCGGUUUCUUGGCACUCAUCGUCGCUCUGGGAAAGUACGGCCAACCUCUGAGGCGAUUCCCCGCAAUACGUGAGAAAAAAGGAGGGAAAAAGACCGAACAAAAUGAGUAGUAGGUUGAUGAUAAAACAAGCGUUGAGACACUGCAAAUUCAAACUGAAAUCGUGUGAAAACUUCAACCGAUAAGAUUUAGGUUUUGUUGUGAAAUGGGUUCUGAAUAACCUGAGACAUAUGGUUGUUAGGUUCACACUCGACAGUAAAUGCAUGGAGCCACAAUCUGCCCGUUUGUUUCAAUCUUUUUUCCUUCAGUGAACCACUUAUCUUCUCUGUUGAUUUUGGCUUUGCUUUGCUGUUUCACAUAUAAGGAAGGAUAAAAGAGUU